UGAUAUACAUGGAAUCCUGUCGAUCCGGAUCGAUGUUCACCAAACUCCCCGACAACGUUCAUGUGUACGCAGUGACUGCAGCGAGAGCACAUGAGAGCAGUCAUGCCUGUUAUUUUGACCGUGUGAGGAAGACCUUUCUCUCUGAUGAAUUCUCAGCUCUUUGGAUGUACUACACUGAAGCGAUUUGUCUUUAGCGUGAUUUGGGUCAAAAAUAGAAUUAUGCUAACAAAUAAGACUAUAAAUAAAAAUGUUUGUAUUUCUCAGAAUGACCUUGAUAAUAACACAUUGCGGGAUCAGUUUAGUUAUCUUCAGGAAAUGAUGCAGGGAUCUCUCUCCUUCUGUUUUGGGGACAUGACAAUGGGUGAACAUCUGAUCAGAGAGUUUGUGAAUAACACCCCUCCAAGAGUUCAGGGCGAGACAAGAGCUGAGGGGCUUGCAUUAACUCAUUUGACCUCUAACGAUGAAGUGCCAUUCAAAAUCUUGGAGCAUCGAAUUAAAACAGAAACUGAUGAAUACAAAAGACAACAUCUGAUCAGAAAACAUGAAGCUCUUCAUCAGACUAAAGCUAAAAUUGAGAGAACAGUUGAAGCUAUCAGUCGGUGCUUUGCACUUGAGGAUGAUUCGGAUGAAGAUUAUUCUCAGAUGGAUUUACAUGCGUUCAAGACUGUAGCUGAGCAUUUCAGGACAACCUGUUUUGACUGGCACGAGGAAGAGGUGAACAACACUGCAAAGAAUAUUUCAUUUAUAGCAUGA